AUGGCCCUGGACAAGGCGGAGGCGGUGCCAGUGGACACCCACGUCUGGCGCAUCGCGCGGCAGCGCUACGGCGCGGUGCUGGGCGGCAGGAGCCUGACCCCCCGGGCCCACCAGGAGAUCGGUGACUUCUUCCGGGGGUUGUGGGGCCCCCACGCUGGUUGGGCACAGGCAGUCCUCUUCUGCGCUGACAUCCACAAGGGCCGGGAGCUGGCUGGCAGACGGGGCCGGGGCCGGGGGCGAGCUCUGCUCUGA